ACGACAGUGGGGCGGGCGUAAAAGUUCAUAUCCCAGCAUGCUUUCUUUGUACUUCCUUUCUAUUCCUUUCCGGCGUCCAAGAUGUCGAAGCGAGGACGUGGUGGGUCCUCCGGGGCGAAAUUCCGGAUUUCCCUCGGUCUUCCGGUAGGAGCCGUGAUCAACUGUGCUGACAAUACAGGAGCCAAAAAUCUGUAUAUCAUCUCCGUGAAGGGGAUCAAGGGGCGGCUGAACCGGCUUCCUGCUGCGGGUGUGGGCGACAUGGUCAUGGCCACUGUCAAAAAAGGCAAACCGGAGCUCAGGAAGAAGGUACAUCCAGCGGUAGUGAUCCGACAACGAAAGUCAUACCGGAGAAAAGAUGGUGUGUUUCUUUAUUUUGAAGAUAAUGCGGGGGUCAUAGUAAACAAUAAAGGUGAAAUGAAAGGUUCUGCCAUCACAGGGCCGGUUGCAAAGGAGUGUGCAGAUUUGUGGCCCAGGAUUGCAUCCAACGCUGGCAGCAUUGCAUGAUUCUCUAGUGUAUUUGUAAAGAAAAAAAAUUAAAAGUUAUUUCCUCGCA